GCUGCCGCUUUUUGUGUUUUUGCUAGAAGAGCAGGAAUUCCAGAGUGUGCUCCGUAGUUUAGCCACACAACGGAAGUGUUACCCGUAAGGCGUGUGUGUAUGUGUGUGUGUGUGUGUGAGAGAGAGAGAGAGUUUAGCGGGGACUCAGGUGGCACGAUGUGGGCUCGCUUGCUGGUUGGUUUCGGGGGUUCGGGGCUCAGGCUGCGGACUUCCAGGGACGGGUUCCUCCGGGCCGUCGGAGCUGGAUGUGCAGGGAAGAGACAAGCUUCAAGUGCAGAUGCUGACAUGAAGAAGACUCCGCUAUUUGACUUCCACAGGGAGCACGGGGGGAAGAUGGUGGGGUUUGCAGGCUGGAGUUUGCCUGUCCAGUACAAAGACAGUCACAUCGUCUCACACAUGCACACCAGAGAGCACUGCUCCAUCUUCGAUGUCAGCCACAUGCUGCAGACCAAAGUCCACGGCAAAGACAGGGUGAAAUUCAUGGAGUCUCUAGUAGUUGCAGAUAUUGCAGAACUCAAGGACAACCAGGGUACAUUGUCCCUCUUCACCUCUGAGAAAGGAGGGAUUAUUGAUGACCUCAUUGUGACAAAGACAGACCAGGGCUACCUCUACGUAGUCUCCAACGCUGGCUGCGCCGACAAGGACUCUGCUCAUAUGAAGGCCAGACUGGCAGAGUUCAAAGCUGCAGGUUUUGAUGUGGAUCUGGAGUUUCUUGAUGAAGCGCUGAUUGCUCUACAAGGUCCAUCCAUGUCUCAGGUGCUCCAGGAGGGGCUGAAAGAGGACCUCAGUAAGCUGACGUUUAUGACCUCCACCUUGGCCACUGUAUUUGGUAUUCCUGGCUGCAGGGUCACUCGCUGUGGAUACACUGGAGAGGACGGUGUGGAGAUCUCAGUCAAUCAGUCCAGAGUAGUGGAGCUGACAGAGAAGCUGCUGGCUAACGGCGAGGUGAAGCUAGCCGGUCUGGGCGCCAGGGACAGUCUGCGGCUGGAGGCGGGUCUUUGUCUCUAUGGCAACGACAUAGAUGAGACCACCACGCCUGUGGAGGGCACUCUAGUCUGGACCAUUGGAAAGCGUCGGCGUCAGACCAAGGAUUUCCCCGGCGCUGACAUCAUUGUACCUCAGAUCAAAGCUAAGACAGCCAAGAAAAGAGUCGGUCUGGUGUCUACCGGGCCCCCUGUCCGACAACACACACCCAUACUGGGCCCUGAUGGGAAGGUCAUAGGUGAGGUGACCAGCGGCUGCCCCUCUCCCUGCCUAAAAAAGAACGUUGCCAUGGGUUACGUGGAUGCGGCAUUUGCUAAGCACGGAACAGCCAUCCAGGUCGAGGUCAGGAAAAAAGCAGUUCCCGCCAUUGUCAGCAAAAUGCCAUUCGUCCCCACCAACUACUAUUUUGGAUAGGAGACAUGCAUGCACUCACAUACAUACAUACAUACAUACAUACAUACACACACAGUACACUCACACUGGAUCAUUCCAGGGCACCAUGGUCCCAUAUUCACCAAUGCUGCCCCCUUCAUUUUACCUCCAACAAUGCAAUUCUUCAUUGGUGAGUCCUCUGAAAGAAAA